AUUCUGGCAUUCUUACAUUAACCGACAAUAAUGGUUACAACUUUCCCUUCAAUUAUUUAAUUUUUGUUACUAUAUCCAUACGUGUAAAACUGUACUACUAUCCACACACAUUGGGAUUGUUUUUCCAAAUUCUCAACUACGCAUUCAGAUUAUCAAAACUCAGUAAAUUUACCUCGCUAAUCACACUACACAACAACAUAAUGAGUCAUCAUAGAUUCAAUUAUCUACCAUUGUUCACUUCCUUGCCGAAUACGACAAUUUAGUCAAAUUCUCAUUAUAUGCUACCUUCACACUCUUCUUACCCUUUAGUCUAGGCACAAAAAUGAAUGGUUAUUCAAAGAUUGGUAGCACUCCUACUACUACAACCCAGAAAUCAAGAUCUAUAGAUUUUUCAGAUAUUUUCUCAUUUUCUCAAACACCAAAACCCAUCAGGAACACUACUACUGUUGUCCCUCCAACCACUCUUGAAGCAGUUAAUGAUAACGAGGUCAUCAAGAAUGAGGGAGAGAGAUUUGGAGUGAUACUAGGUAGGAGCUCUUCGGUUUCUUCUUCAUCUUGUUCUGCAUCUGGGUUUCAGGCAACAGUGAAGAGAGCAUUUUCUGUAAGAAGAUGUUCGUCAGUUUCUGAGAGCUACUGUAGGAUCCAUGAUCAGAACAUGGUAAUAGCAUCAGAUGAGUUUGUCAAAGAGGAUGGUGAUGAUGUAACGAAGAAGAAAAAGCAGAGAGGAGGCAAGAUUCUUAAAGUCUGUAAGCGAUUGUUUGGAUUCUAGUAGUUAAUACUUCUGUAAUUGUAGUAUUAUUAUUGUAAUCUUGAAUAAUGGGAUUUGAAUCAUUCCUCUUUUUGAAAAUGUUGCUUAUAAAAAGCAAAAGUAGAUUUUAUGACGA